AUGGCUGAUCAAUUAACUGAAGAACAAAUUUCCGAAUUCAAGGAAGCUUUCUCUCUAUUUGACAAAGAUGGCGAUGGCACUAUCACCACAAAAGAACUUGGUACAGUGAUGAGAUCCCUCGGCCAAAAUCCUACAGAGGCUGAGUUGCAGGAUAUGAUCAAUGAAGUCGAUGCAGACGGCAACGGCACCAUCGAUUUCCCAGAAUUCCUCACCAUGAUGGCUAGAAAAAUGAAAGACACUGAUAGCGAAGAGGAGAUCAAAGAGGCUUUCAAGGUUUUCGACAAAGACGGCAACGGCUUCAUCAGUGCAGCUGAACUGAGACACGUUAUGACCAACUUGGGCGAAAAGCUCAGCGAAUCUGAAGUAGAUGAAAUGAUCAGAGAAGCUGACGUUGACGGUGAUGGUCAAAUUAACUACACCGAAUUCGUCAAUAUGAUGAUGGGCAAGUAA